AUGGUCAAGUCAGUGGGCAAGUUCUUCUCUGGCCUCUUUGGCAGAGGCAGCGGCAGCGGCAGCGGCGGAAAUCGCAACGGAAGCAACGGCAGCAACAGCUCGCCUGAACAACCUACUGAGAAGAAGAGGGGCGAAAAGGGGCAGAAUCAGAAGAAGAAGAAGCAGGAGAAGAAGAAGAAGGAGGAGGAGGGCAAUCGCAAUACCAACUCUACUAGCAAGGUAGGCGACGGAAGCGGCCUGGGCGGUAUCUCCACCGUCUGGUCGUCCUUCUUCGGGGAAGGCGCCGGAAACGAGAACGAAGAGGAGGAGGAGGAGCAGGAGCAGGAGGAAAACUGUGAAGACGAAGAAGAGGAGAGCUCUCAAGGUAAAAAGAAGAAAGAGGAUAAAAAGGCAAAGAGCGGACUUUCACUGUCACUUCGAGAGCUGACCGACCGCCUGCAGUCAUCCCCCGCCAGCAGCACCUUCGCCAAAACCUACGUUCGACCGAGGAGCCUGAACCGAGGAGGAAUCCAACAAGUGACCACUACUACUAUCAACAACAACAACAACAACAACAACAACAACAACCGACCAGUGCUCCCUCGAAGCCCUCGAAACCGCCGCCCAAGCCUAGGUUUAGGCCUUGGCUUUGGCCGUGUUCGUCGCUGCUUCCGCCUUCGCAGCAAAUCACUCUCAUCAUCAUCAUCGCCAACUUCGCAGCCAAAACUUUCGCCUGCUCGAGCCGCUCUGCGAGAGGAGGACGCCAGUAAUAUGCAGUCACCUAAGGAUAUGUGGAUCUCCGGUGCAGACAGCAACAACAGCAACAACAGCUACAACAGCUACAACAGCUACAACAGCAGCAACAUCAACUACAGCGACUACAACUGCAAUUACAGUGACUACAACUACAACAACUACUGCAACUACUACAACUACAACUACAACAACAACAACUACUUCAGCAACAGUGACAUUGACUUGAAUCGUGUUCGUGACUAUCAAGGCAAAGGCUCGGCAGCCAUGCAGCAGCAGCAGCACUCUCGAAGCUUGAGCACCUUCACCACGGUGGCCUCGGUGCACUACGACGAACGGUCGCCGAAUGAUCGAUCUCACCACCAGCAUCAACGACCACAGCAACAGCACCAGCCUCAUUACACUCAGGAACAUCACCGCCGACAGCGCUCUCAAUCGAGCUACUUUCCGGACCCUUAUCAACAGGUGCUCCUUCAGUACCGUCGUCUUCAGGUGCCGCAGGAGCAGGAGCAGGAGCAGGAGCAGGAGCAGGAGCAGCAGUCUCCUCAGCACCAGCCCACAGCUCAGUAUGUGCUUCGCCCUCAGUACUCGCCGCCGUCUACUCCUCAGGUAAAUCACCCUCAGCAGGUAAAUCACUCGCAGCCGCAGCAGCAGGCGCAGCAUCAUUUUCAGGGCCACUACCGACAGAACUCGCAGCCGCAGUUUUACCGCUCCCAGCGUUCUCAGCGAUACUAUCGCCAGCAAAACCAACAGAAUCGCCAGCAGCAGCAGCAGCAGAACCGUCAGCCGCAGAUAAGCUACCCCGUUCAGCAGGAGCACCUGCAGCACUUGCAGCAGCUCGUCCAUCAGCACGCCCCCAGCUCGCCCUGCUCCUCUUCCGCUGACUUCAGUUAUCUGCCCAUGGCUCCGCCGCCGCCCAUCUAUUCCACUCCGGACAUUAAACAUCGAUCAACUGGCAACUUGCCAGUGACCGCCGCCCUCUCUUCGCUCCGUCUUGGCAACGAUCCCAAAGAUGAUCCCAAAGUUGAUGUCAAAGAUGAUUCCAAAGUUGAUCUCAAAGACAAGGGCAAGGGCAAGGGCAAGGGCAAGGGCAACAUAGAAUCCCGCUCCGCCAGCUCUCCCGUUCCCACCGCCAAGGAGAACCUGCCCUCGCAUUGGCUCUCCUCAGAGAGCAUCAUCACCGUACGGGAGAUGCCCGUCGCCAGCUCCACCUCAGUCAAAGAAGGUCGUCGUAGUGGUGGUGGUGGUAAAAGUUCGGAAGAUAGCGGAACUUUUUCGGAAGAGAAAGAAGAAGCCGAGAACAGCGGAAGUUCUCCGGGCGAAAACGAAGAACAGGGCGAUGGAAGCUCUGAAGAAGUAGAAGUGGACAACGAAAAGGGACGCAACAAAAGCCUUGAAGGAGAGGACAAAGAACAGGGCGGCAAAAUCCUUGAGGGAGAGGAAGAAAAGGAGAGCUACGGAAACUCUGCAGGAGAAGACAAGGAAAACAAGGAGGGCGACGGAAACUCCGAAGGCGAGGACAAAGAAGAAGAGGAAGAAGAAGUGGGCGACAGACGUUCUUCUUCCCUUGUUGGAACAGGCAACGAGAGCACCCCUGCUUCACCUGCUUAUCAGCCCUUGUCCUUCUCCUCGCCGGAGUACUUCUCCCUGCAGGAGAUCUUCUUCCCGGGUGGACCAGCCGUUCCUGCUGCUAUCAGCUCCGGCAAGUCCACCGACAAUUCCGAUUACGCUGAGAACGCCGAGCCGUUGUGGCCAUCUUCUGCCACCGCCAAAGGGCCCACUUUUGCCUUUGAACUUUGCCAUCCUAAAACGCCUUCACCCGACUACGAGAACCUCCCGCCGCUGCCUUCUGAGGCUGAUCCGGCUUAUGUCAACCUGCCUGCCGCCGCCGCCGCCGCUGUCUUCUCAAACGUCGAAUCCGAGUACCUGGACAUGAGCGGAAAGAAGGGAAAGAAGGAAGGCCUCACCAAGGUGGAACAGCCAGAGAAAAGCGAUGAUGCUCCAGCUGCUGCUGCUUCUAAUGCUGACGACGACGAGCCCGACUACGACGACCUUCCGCUGGCAAAGUCCAUCUACGGGCAGUACUACAACCAAUCGAAUCUGGACACUAAACAGGAGGGGGCAAAGGCAAAGAUCGAACCGGAGAAUGAGUACAUCGAGCCGGCGGAAAGCAAGAAGAAGGAGGAAACUAAGGAAAAGGAGGAACCGAUCUACAGCAACUGGCCGCCGACCAAGGCGGAAAAGGAAGCGAAAACGGUCAACUUGGUGGAAAAUCCAGAAAAUCCGAAUGAAGCUGAUCUGAUGGUGGUCAAUGACGUCAAUGUCGCAGAAGAGGAAGAAGAAGAAGAAAGAGAUGAUAGUGAAAAUAAUGACACUAAUGAGAAUAGUGAUGACAGUGAUGAUGAUGAUAGUGACGAAGAUGAAAACAAUAUCCACGACUUUUCAAUGGCAGCCGCCAGUGACAGUAGCAGUGACAUUGACAGUAAUCCUGCUAACCAGGCUGCCCCUGGCGACGCUUCCACUGAAUCGCCGCGUUUUGCUGCACGAAAUGAGCCAAAAAUCGCGGCGGCGGCGGCGGCGGCGGCGGCGGCAGGCGCUGGCACAAUAAAAGGAGACGCCGCUGCCGCUGCCGCUGCAAAUUCCAAUACAUCUAAACCAGCGCCACCAGCACCACCUGAAGAGCUCUCGCAAGAGGAAAUUAGAAUGCUGAACACCUGGAACCGAAUGGUGGACCGCAUGGAGGAGCAGGAGCAGAAGAAGAAAAAGACGGAUGACGGAAAGAAGGAGGAGGCCAAGGAUGAGCAGCCGGAUGAGAAGCAGGCCAAGCAGACACCGAAGAAAACCUGGCAGGAGCAACAGGAUGAAAUUGAAAAGCGGGACCUGCCCAGUCACCCGAACGCCUACUUUCGCAAGUGCUGCCCCCGCCACAAACGCCUGGUCAUGGACCAGAUGCGACUGGCCAUUGCCCAGCAGCAGAAGGUGGAACAGCAGGAAGAGCUGAACAAGCAGGCGGAACGACUGGCCCAGGGCGAGGCGACGCUGGAGAGCUUCGGCAAGCUGGUGCAGUUCAUGUCCGGCCAUGGACUGGACGAGCCGUCAGAGUCGUCGGAGCCGGUUCGAGCUAAAAAGGUGGUCUCCUUUGGCGAAGGACGUCCGCUGGAUCUGGAGGAGGAGGCGAUGAAGAGGAAGAAGCAGAUGAUGCUGAUGAUGGAAGAAGUGUUCCAGAGGGAGAAGGAGAAGGAGGAACAGCAGCAGCAGCAGACGCGGCCCACUCUGAAGACUUCCGCCCAGCUUCCGAAACGCUCCAUCCUGGUGGCGCCUAUGGAUCGUAAGGUUCCGGUGAGCUCUGCCGUCCGCCGUCUGUUGGUCAAUUUCUCCGCCGGCAAGCGACUGGUCGAUCCUCGCUUUCAACAGGAGUCACCUGCUGAUAAGAAUAAGGAUAAGCCUAAGGAUGUGGAUGAGGAGGAGAAGAAGGAGGGGAAGGGGAACGAUGAUGACGAGGUCUUCAUCCUCAAGUCUGCUUCCUUUUCGGGAAACAUUGAUCGUCAAUCCGCCGUGGAGCAGUGGCUGGAGGAGAGUCGUCGAUGGCGCCGGGAGAAUGCUGGCAGCGUGUCUAGCAGCAGCAACAGCAGCAUUAGCACCUUUCGCACCAUCGUCAGCCGCGGUGAUGGUGAUAAGGAUAAUGAUAAUGAUAAGGAUAAGGGCAAGGACGAGAAGAAAGAGGUUGAAGAUCUCGGCAUGGGCCGCCUAAAAAUCGGCGAUGCUGCUGCUGCUGCUUCGGGCUCUUCAGCUGAGAAGAAGAGUCACUUCAAGCAGUGA